UUCAACGUAGAAUUGGUUGUCUGUCUGUAGUGCGAUAGCGCAGUUUAGGAAGAUCAUUUUGAUAGAUUUUUCUAGAAUUAAGUUCCUAGAAAGCUAAAUAAUGACUGAUAGAGCUGCGAAAAAGCUCCAAGAAGGUUUGCAGCAUAUGGAAGAAGCAGAAAAACAUUUAAAAACGGGAUUUUUCAAGUGGAGACCUGAUUAUGACAGCGCAGCAGCUUCGUUUCAGAAUGCUGGGCUUGCCUUCAAGCUUGCUAAGCAAUAUGAGAAAGCAUACGCUGCAUAUGAAAGAUUAGCCGAUGCUCAUUAUAAGCUUGGAGCGAGAUUCCAUGCCGCAAAAGCAUACGAGGAAGCUGGGAAUGCUUGCAGAGAACUGAAUGACUAUAAUAAAGCUUUAGCAUAUUACGACAGAGCAUCAGACAUAUACAUGGAGAAUGGAACUCCUGACACCGCAGUUCUUUGCUUAGAAAGAGCAGGAAAGAUGACGGAAAUGGUCAAUGCGGAAUGGUCCAUCAGUUUAUAUAUGAAGGCGGCUGAAAUCUGUCAGAAUGAAGAUGAUUCAAGAUUCAGACAAGCGGCUGAGUUGGUUGGAAAAGCAUCUCGAUUACAGCUUCAAAAUAAUAAAUUAUCUGAUGCGAUCAACACUAUUGGACAUGAAUGUCAGUUGUAUUCCCAGUCAGAUGGGGGAGGGGAAUCAAUACCAAGAUUAACUUGUGGAUUGGUGCUCGUACAUCUACACAUUGGAGAUCCGGUGUCAGCAGAGCAGGCGAUUCAUUCCGCUUGUGAUUAUGCCGAUAUAUUUGAUGGCUCUGAAGAGCAGGACGCUCUAAUGCGAUUGGUCGAGGCGUUCAAUGAAGAAGACCAAGAAAAAGUGGACUUAGUUAUCAACACACCAAUGUUCAAAUUUAUGGACAAUGUGUACGCAAAAUUAGCCCGCUCAUUGCGCGUCCCGGGCUACUCUUCAUCAAAACAGCCCCGCCAAUCUGCCCCAGGAAUUAUAAAAGCCACCAACAAUGACCCCUCGACCCAGGAAGCUAGAGUAACAAACCAGGAAGCAGCUGUGAAAGACAUUUCUAAUAAAAUGAAUGCACUAAUGAACUCUGCGCCCAAUAUUGGCGGAACUGGACAAAACAUGGAGGCCCCGACUACUCAACAUAAGUUUAUAGGAGAUGAGGACGAUGAUGAUUUGUGUUAAUAUACAGUAUUAUAUGUUCUAUUCUAUAUCAGUAAUUUAAACUUAAUUUGAAUGUAAUUUUUUAUAAGUUUACCCAAAAAAGGAAGGUCACAAACUCACAAUUGGAUGUCUAAAACAAACCAAUAUUUGAUAUAUAAAAUUGAUACCUCUGUAGUGUGUGUACUAGGUUAGGGUUAGGCCAUACCUUAAUUCCGAUUUUCCUUAUUUUAGUUCUAUUAUGAGUUCGGGGACUGUCUGUGUUAGCCGAUUGAAUAUACCUCUUGCCCAUAGGCUUCAGUCUCUUUACACAUGUAAAGUAGAUGAGCAAAAUUAGUUAUCUCCAUAUAAAUACACACUUCUGGAGCAUCUGAAAUUUCUUGGUUUCAAUGUAGAAUACAAUACGUUCAUUCACAGGGUGCGUGGCUCCCCAAGGGGACCUUCGAGCAGAGCAACUUUUUGUGGCUUGUGGCCCCCCCUCAGAGCCUUUUAGCCCUCGUGGCCCCCGUGUUCGUCAUUCUAGUGAUAUUUAUAGUAUUGAACUAUGGAGAACGUGGAAUUUUGUUCCAAGGGAAAAGUUUAUAACAGAAUUCCAUCAAAAAUU